AUGCGCAAGACGGUGGUGCGCUUAAAGACAUUCAAUCCGCCUCAGCAAUUGCAGGGAGGUAAUUCUUCUUCCGUACAACUGACGCGAACAAACGCCAACAUCGUCACCGGUAAUGACAACGAUAAGAGUCGUGCAUCUUCCCGAGCAGUGACAUCGGUGCCGGAGAGAACAUUGCAAUCAGCAGCCGCUCCAGCAUUGCAACGUGUGAAACGGGGCCGUGAGGAGUUGCCACAGAACAACUCAGCGAGUGGCCUUUCAGGAGUGGGUGCCGUAAUAAUGCCCUCGUCGCAAUUUAGUGAGGUGGGGCCGUGGUCACAAUUUAUGCGGGAAGGGGCGGCGGAUUUAACGGCGCAUCCACAUGCAGUUCCCACGUCUACAGAAGGAGACGCACCACCCCGUGAUUUUUGCGAUGGGGAUGAAGAUGAUAUGCCCCCCGUAAGCCAGGAGGAACUUCAGCGUGAAGCGGAGGAGGACAUGAGACUUUCUACAGAUGUUAUAUUAACCCCUGGAACACCCAAUGGAAACACUUGUGAGCCGUUUUCAAGCGUCAGCGCGGUGCCCACUUGCACUCUGACCGUCCCUAGUUUGAACUCAGAAGUUUCUCAAAUAUCAACCGGUCUUGACUAUGGGAAUGUGUACGGCCAUGUUCCCUUUGGUACACCCGUCAUUAACGAUAAUGUUCCGUCGGGAACGUCGGCGUCAGCUUUACCUCGUCCCUCGGUAGACGACCCCGAUUUCUUCUACGAUCUUCCCGUGUCUGUAAAGGAUUUCUACGCGACGAGACGUGGUAUCAAGAAGUUGUACAAUUGGCAGCACGAAGUUCUAAUGCGCGAUGACAUUCGUGCUGGUGGCAGUUUGGUGUACAGCCUUCCAACCAGUGGUGGUAAAACUCUUGUGGCCGAAAUUUCCUUGCUUCGUUGCCUUAUCAAUAGGGGACAAUCGUGUUUAUUUGUUCUUCCCUUUGUAUCGCUGGCGGAGGAGAAGACAGACGCUAUGAUUCCUCUAGGUGAUGUGUUGGGGUUUACCGUCGAUGGUCACUAUAGUACGCGCGGAAGGUUUCCCUUACCAGUAUCCAAGGCUGUGUUUGUAUGCACAAUUGAAAAGGCAAACUCGUUGGUCAAUCAUAUGCUAGAGGAAAAUACAAUUGGAAGAAUUGGUACAAUUGUGGUGGAUGAACUUCACAUGCUUGGAGAAACUUCUCGAGGUGCAACGCUGGAGCUACUACUGACGAAAUUGUUAUGCUUGCGGCACAAAGUGCAAAUUAUUGGCAUGAGUGCUACGAUACCGAAUCUGCCAGAUAUUGCAAGGUGGUUACGGGCCAGUUGCUAUAUUGGAAAUUACCGGCCUGUGCCACUUCGUCAGUAUGCUGUUGUGGGAGGGGAGGUGCUGGAGGAUGGUCGCGAAGUUUGUCGUAGUCUCGUUGCAGCCGGUCACACUUCCGAGAGCAGCCAGUUGGUCUUUCUGACAACGGAGGUUAAGGGUGCGUCGGUGUUAGUAUUCUGUGCGAGUCGACAGCAGACGGUGAGUACGGCACGUCUCAUUGCGCGAUCGCGAAAAGAAGAGGUUGACAAAGAGGGUGGUGUGCGGUAUAACGCGUCCUCUUUGGCCCUUGUGGCGGAUCUUCGUGCUCUCGACAGCGAAGAGAGUUCUCUUCUGAGCCAACUUGUUCCUUACGGUGUUGCAUUCCACCAUGGGGGCUUGGUUGCUGAGGAACGCACGUUGAUUGAGACUGCCUUUCGCCGUCGAUCCAUUGGCGUGUUGUGUUGCACUUCCACACUAGCCGCUGGUGUCAACCUUCCAGCGCGACGCGUAAUCUUCAAGACACCGUUUGUCGCUGUCGACUUCUUAACGAAAUCUCGCUACCUGCAGAUGUGUGGGCGUGCGGGUCGCGCAGGUCUAGAUGAAUUUGGGGAGUCGUUUUUGUUCCUUUCUCGAAAGGACCGAAACAGAGGCUGCGAGUUGAUGCAGCAGGAGGUGGAGGCUUGUGUUAGUCAGCUGUUGGAGGAAAAGAGUACGGUUGAAAGGGCCCUUCUGGAGUUUGUCGCGAUUGGGCUCAUUCGGAGCCUUUCCGACGCACGCAAGUGGGGGGAGAACAUUUUGUUUCACCAUGCACCUGGGCCUAUUGACAAGGGAUUGAACGCAGGAUCGGUGGCGGUGCCAGAAAUGCUGGAGGGCAUCAUACAGUCUGCUUUGAGCAAACUUGUGGAAAGGGGUCUGAUGCAGCGGUUGUCGCGGCCAGCAGCGGAUGCAUCUCGAGAAGACUCUGAUGUACUCGGCGAUAGCGAUGUCACAAAUGCCAAAAACGGCGAUGCGAAAAACAAUGGCACUGGUGACGGAGACGCUAUUUUAAGCUCGUCUCCAUUUGGCUCCUGCUCUGUGCGCUCAUGUUUUGGGGUCGAAGAUGCCUUGAUUGUGCGUUUGGAGUUAGAGAAAUUGCAGCAAUCGGGACUGAUUCUUGCUGACGAUUUGCACAUGUGCUACUUUGUUACCCCUCUUCGUGAUCCUAUCGACGUUGACUGGUCUAUCUACAGGGACAUUCUUUCGCAACUUAACGAGACCCGCCAGCGAAUUGCGAGCAUGAUAGGUGUCGACGAAUUUUACGUGAAUCAACGUGCCAUGGGGCUUGGUGAUGCAGGCGGUAAUGGUGGUGGGAGGGCUUUCGCAACUCGCCGUUUUUACGCCGCCCUUGCGCUUGCGGAUCUUCUGAAUGAGGUUCCUAUCGGUGAGGUUGAGCAGCGCUACCGAUGUAAUCGCGGACAGCUUCAGAACCUACUACGUAGCGCCUCCAUGUUCAGCAGCUCCAUCACAAGUUUUUGCCGUGCUAUGGAGUGGUAUUCAUUAGAGGCCGUUUUGGCAUCAUUUGUGAAGCGUCUGGGAUUUGGUGUGAAACCGGACAUCAUACCAUUAAUGGAAAUUAAAGGCGUACAGCCGGGGCGGGCACGUGCUCUUUGGCGGGCUGGGUUUAAAGAUCCCGCUGCCGUUGCCGCCUGCACCCCAGCGGAAUUACUCAAGCGCGUGAAGGAAGCGAACCCGCCAGACAGUAAAGUGGUGAAAUAUUUUUCCAUACGAUCUGCCGUUGUGGUGCUGCGCGAGGCAAAUGCGUGGGUUCAGCAGAACAUCCGUGAAAAGAAGGGAGAUUUGGCUGAUUUAACCCUCCAAUCUUCAACCUACUGA